AUGCUCAGUGCCAGCUCGAGAUUGGCAAUCUGCACGUCGUCGGCUCUUGCCAUCACCCAAGGGCAUACAACAAAAUGGCAGAUCGCACAGCAAACAUCGCAACAAUGCGAAGCAAGCACUGCUCACCCAAACCGGGAGGCCAUUGCGGAACACCUCAACCAAGACCUACAAUACUGGCUCCCAGCGUUCGGUUGCAGGUCUCAGCUGUCUUGGAUGGAGCGCCGUUCUAGAGAAGCUAGUACUCGGGACUUCUUCCGAAACCCAGCCGGCGAACCGCCUUUGGCGGCAGACGCCAGCUCCCUCCUAGUCGAAACGCGUAAUAACGUAGUCUAG